AUGGCAACCUGCUCAGGUCCGGUUCCACAGUGUGGAAGCAUUGUUCUUUUGCUCUUUGCAAUAAAUCUUGCUGCUGCUCACUCUUUGGGUCUACACUGCCUUUAUGAGCUGUAACACUCACCUCAACAGUCUGCAGCUUCACUCCUGAAACCAGCGAGACCACGAACCCAGAGGGAGGAACAAACAACUCCAGACACGCCGCCUUAAGAGCUGUAACACUCACCCCAAGGUCUGCAGCUUCACUCCUGAAGUUAGCGAGACCACGAACCCACCAGGAAGAACGAGCAACUCCAGACGUACCACUUUAAAAGCUGUAACACCACGAAGGUCUGCAGCUUCACUCCUGAGCCAGCAAGACCAUGAACCCACCGGAAGGAACGAACAGCUCCAGACGCGCCGCCUUAAGAACUGUAACACUCGCUGCGAGGGCCCGCAGCUUCACUCCUCAGCCAGUGAGACCACAAACCCACCAGAAGGAAGCAACUCCGAACACAUCCGAACAUCAGAAGGAACAAACUCUGGACGCACCGCCUUUAAGAACUGUAACACUCACCGUGAGGGUCCGCAGAUUCAUUCUUGAAGUCAGUGAGACCAAGAACCCACCAAUUCCGGACACAGUGUGGCGGGGAUUCUCCUCAGCCUGGGCCUGGGGACGCUGGGCCCUCGCUAUUCCAGAGCGUGGCUGUGACAGGUGUGAUCCAAUCUGUCCCGUCCGGGGCCCAGGAGACUCGGCCGCCUAUCCCGCUGCUGCCCACUGCAGACACUGCCUGGAAAUACAGGUCUGUGGCCCGGGAGACUUGGCCGCCUACCCCGCUGCUGCCCACUGCAGAGACUGCCUGGAAAUACAGGUCCGUGGCCCGGGAGACUCGGCCGCCUAUCCCGCUGCUGCCCACGCAGAGGCUGCCGGGAAAUACAGGUCCGUGGCCCGGGAGACUCGGCCGCCUACCCCGGUGCUGCCCACGCAGAGGCUGCCAGGAAAUACAGGUCCGUGGCCCGGGAGACUCGGCCGCCUACCCUGGUGCUGCCCACGCAGAGGCUGCCGGGAAAUACAGGUCCGUGGCCCGCGCUGCUGCCCACACAGAGGCUGCCGGGAAAUACAGGUCCGUGGCCCGGGAGACUCAGCCGCCUAUCCCGCUGCUACCCACGCAGAGGCUGCCGGGAAAUACAGGUCUGUGGCCCGGGAGACUCAGCCGCCUAUCCCGCUGCUACCCACGCAGAGGCUGCCGGGAAAUACAGGUCUGUGGCCCGGGAGACUCAGCCGCCUAUCCCGCUGCUACCCACGCAGAGGCUGCCGGGAAAUACAGGUCCGUGGCCCGGGAGACUCAGCCGCCUAUCCCGCUGCUACCCACGCAGAGGUUGCCGGGAAAUACAGGUCCCUGGCCCGGGAGACUCAGCCGCCUACCCCGCUGCUACCCACGCAGAGGCUGCCGGGAAAUGCAGGUCCGUGGCCCGGGAGACUCGGCCGCCUACCCCGGUGCUGCCCACGCAGAGGCUGCCGGGAAAUACAGGUCCGUGGCCCGGGAGACUCGGCCUCCUACCCCGCUGCUGCCCACGCAGAGGCUGCCGGGAAAUACAGGUGUUUUCUUUCUACCUCUAUCUCCACUCUGAACUCUUGAAACAGAACAUUGAUUUGGGACGUCUGCAGCUCUUCUUGCGGGGUACAUGGAUGUGUGUGAUGUGUGCUGACUUAAGCUGAGGGGACCUACCGUAUGAUUGCGUAUGGAAGUUGGAGCCCCCCCUUUAUCAUGGAAUUUGGGGCAUCCCUGGUCUCCUGGUGGCUGUGGACUUGCAAAUACCCAGUUGUCCACGGACCUGUUGGCAAAUGGGUGUCCCAAGCGAGGGAGAUAUGCCUGGUGGGAAGGAGGAGUCCUGUGAAGAAUAGAGCCAGCUAAACACAGCAGAGAAGCAACAGAUGACAAAAAGCAACUGUCCAGAAGGCUGGCAGAACUGGGUUUGGGCCCAUGCUACACAAUCCAGACAUGCCUGGAGCAUCCUUUGAAGGGACUCAAGUCUGUAGGCGAAAGUGUGAGUCUAGGAGCCGGUGAAUUUGCAUCCAGAGAAGGUGGGAACUUGGGAAACAUGGAGAUACCCCCAUUUCUACACAUUUCAGUGUAGCUAAUUCAAGAUUGAAAAAGUAAGAAUGAAGUAUAUCUGAUUUUUCCAGUUAAAAAAAAAAACCAUCAUAGCAUGUCAUCUGAAACUGCUGCUACUACAGAGAGAUUAGCAGGAUCUCAAAAUUAGUUAAGAUUGGUGGAGGGUCUCUUUGCUGACGACCACAAAGCUAUUUAAAUGCAUAUGUUCAUGACAUACAGAAAGGUGAUUUGGAACUGGUUUCAGUUGAAGGACGGCUUUUUACCUAACAGUUUAGACUCAAUAUUGUCACCUCACUCCCUUUUCUCUCUCUUCCCCAGUCUUCCUCCAUCUCUUUUCCCAUUUUCUCUGUAUUUUUCUUUCUUUCUCAGUACUCUGUCUCAUAAAAUUGUUCAAUACUUUUCCUGGAUUAUUUAAGAAGUUAAUAAAAACUCUCUGUCUUCCCU